ACGCCUUUUGCUUCCCUUUUAGCGAAUACCACACAAAAGCAAGCGUAACAUAGCAAAUAUAUGAUGGAAGCGUAAAAACAAAAAUAACCAGACGUGACUGACGCGUGGCGCUUGAAGAACAUUGAGAAGAGGCGCAAACGUCUGAACUCAGGCACUACAAGAACCAGCGUAGCCCCGCACGCUAAACAAGGCGGUGUAAACACAACUCCAGGAACAUGAAAAGAUCGGGUGACAGUGAGGGGGAGAAGAGAAGAAAGAAGAGAAGGUUAUUACAGGAGCUGGGAGACCAAAAGAUCCCUUUUCGAGGACCUUCUGAUCAGGGAUUUCAGCAAUUGUGGGACUCCAGUUACUCUGGCCUGGUUUUGAGGAGAGCCUGCUCGUUGCCUACUGAGCUCCACUGCAGAGUUCAGGCUGCUCUACUCACCCUGCGCAAAAGGGGCUGCCUCUUGAGGGAUCUGGUCCGUGUCCGGGACCGGGAUGUCUUUACCUCCGUGUCGCGGGCUCUGCUGGGUGAGCCGGGCCAUACCUACCGCUACCUAGACACAAGGCUCUUUGCCAUCCCCUGGCACAAUGAGGACUCUGAGGUUAAAGGGCAAAACUGUUGUGACCCUGGUCUGAGAGCAGCCUGCAAAGCCUUGUGGGAGCUCAACACCUUCUUCUGUUUGGACGUAUCACAGCUGAAAGAAGGAGACAGGGUAACACAAUGUACGAAGUUGGGUCAAGACGUAGAGACCAAGGUGAGCGAGGACACUGACGUAGAGUCCAAACACAGUGAGGACUCCAGGAACAGUGAAGCAGCAGAGUCGGAGUCCAGGCAGAGCGAGGAGGGGGACACUGAGUCCAAGCACAGCGAGGAAUGGGAUGUGGAGUCCAAACACAGCGAUGAAGGCUGUUCGGCAUCAAAAAGAGAAAGCGAGUGGGAGACGGUGUCCAGACAUAGUAGUGAGGGAGAAGCCACACAGGGCAAAGAGGCCGAUACCGGUUUCGAACACAGUGAAGGAAAAUGUCCCGCCUUGACAAUGAAAACCGCCACUGUCUUGCCAACAGGAGGCAGAGGGGAGCUACACGUGUCUCAUCUCAAACACAGUCUCUCAGAUUACCACAUUGAGGACAAGGGGGAAUCAGGGGUUAGUUCUGAACCCAUUCCGCCGCAGGGAUUCACAGGAUCGGCAAAGUUCAAUGUCACCUUACUCAACUACAUGGACCCUGCGGUCAUGAGCCAGCUCAAAGAGGAGCCCUAUUACGGCAUGGGGAAAAUGGCCGUAGGGUGGCACCACGACGAGAACCUGAUCAGUCGCUCGCCAGUGGCUGUUUACAGCUACAGCUGCCAUGACGACGAAGGCGAGAGCAGCAAAGGCGGCGGCGAGAAGGCGAGCUGGAGGAUCGGGCUUAAAGUGGCCUGGGACAUCCACACACCUGGCCUAACUCUGCCCCUCCAGUCCGGGGACUGCUAUUAUAUGAGAGAUAACCUAAACAGCACCCACCAGCACUGCGUCCUCGCUGGAGACGCUGCCCGCUUCAGUUCUACUCACAGAGUGGCUGAGUGUUCUACUGGGACUCUGACCUACAUUCAGUCACGGUGCCAGGAGGCCCUGUCCAACCUGCACACGGACCCCGAGACCAGCUCCCACAGCCUGGUGACCCUGAGGCCCGCCACCAUGCAACACUGCGAGGAGAUUCACAACGAGGUGGAGUUUGAGUGGCUGCGACAGUACUGGUUUCAGGGACAGCGUUACACGUGCUUCUGCAGCUGGUGGCGCAAACCCAUGGAAGAGCUGGAGAAGGACUGGAAGCUCAUGGAAACCAUGACUAUGCUGUUCUUGUCUAAAGUGGAGGAGGAGGAAGGGCAGGUGGGCGAGGGUAGGAGAGACAUGGCAGAGACGCUCCUCACAGCAUUGAUAGACAGACACCAGCAAAGACAGACAUGGAGAGAAAGGUGCCACUCCAGCCUGGCCCAGACGUUGCCCCCCGAGGAGGCCCCGGUGGACCGUCCGUUCUGGGGCGUGAACGACGCCGGCAUGCCGCUGCCCUUUGAUCUGGCUGACAUCAUCAACAGAGUGGAGUCGCUGCUGUGGAGAAUGUGAAGGAAUCAUCAAGGCCACGUGGACAACGUGCAGGAAAAUGGGAAAUAAUUAAAACACCAGCUUUUCCGAAUGACCCCGACUGCAGCUGAGGGAAGGGAGGCACCGCCGACGACAAAUCCGCCGUGAUCCCGACCGGAAGGAAUUAUUCAUUGCUUCAUCUCCAUCUCCGCACAGCUCAAACCCCCUGUCCACUCAAUAUAAACGCAUCCUAGCGCUUUAGUGACAACGCAAGCUUAGCAUAAAGCUACUAGUGUAACCACACAAACAGUCUGUGGUAUCAGCGUUUCAGUGUGUAACUAAUUAUCAUGUCAUUGUAUCACUUCAUAUCAUGUAACCCAACUUUAUUUAGAGGGUGUUAUCAGUAUUCAUGAUAAUUCAGUGUUUAAAAAUACUCUCAUGGUUCUCAAGUGAGGCCAUUUUUUCCUGAGCGAAGAUUUCCACAAACCCUGCAUUAGGUUCCAUUUUCAAGGAAAACUGAAUGGUAGCUGACCCAAGAAAAUUCAGUUUCCAAAAUAGUGUUUCAGUUGAUGCUCUGGUCCCUACAAUUUGCUCCAUAUUUGAGCCAGAUGUCCGCCAUUACAGCAAGAACCCUGUUCAUUAUUUAUUCUGUCUGACCCAAGAAAGCCAAGUUAGCUAAGGGUAAUUAAUUAAUGUUCAAAGCUGCACGAAUUCUUGUCAACUGUCUUGGCCAGUGGUUUUCAUAUUUUUGGGGGCGCUCCCCCCUUUUGGAGAUUGACUUUAUCUGUGCCCCCCCACUUGAAAUUUUCUCAGACGGAGGUGCGGUGUGGUGGGGGUGGGUGGUAGCACUGAAAUUUGUAAGGGGGAAGGGUGCUGAAACCAUCUCUCCAGUUUGAAAACCACUGCUAUUGCCUCACCAUUUUCAACCUUUUUAUCAAUUUUAUUUCUUGCUAACAUAGGCAACAUCCCACUUUCAUUCCGUGUGACCCAAGAUAGCUCAGUUGCAUUUCAUUUUGCAUUUCCGAAACCCUUUUUUAAAUUCAAAUUCCAAGCAGGAACUGUAGUGAUUUGAAUGGCAUCUGACCAAGACUGGCAGGAAAGAUGAAGGCAAAAGUUAAAUGAGUGCACAAGUUCAAGUCAUUGGCCCAGCACUCACAUCUACCAACUCAAACUUUCCCUCAUCGGUUCUUUAUAAAAGCGAGAAUGCUGUUAAUUUUUAUAAUUCCUUGAGUGAACCAAGAAGGAAUCUGGUGAGACCGUUUCAAAUGCACCUGGCACCGAUGGUCCAAACGAGACCAAAGAAGGAAUCCAUGAGGUUAAUCCCAGACUUUUUAGUGUUAUUGUUGUAUUAGCGCAAGAAUCCUGUUGGUAUUUAAUAUUCAGACUGAUGAAAGUAAGACUAUUGGAAGGGAGUUUUAAUUCUGAUGUACAAAUAGUGCAAUAUAUUUCAUUGUCAAGGAAGACCUGCUUUUGAUUUUGAAACUAGCUGAUUUAAGAAAACCAAGCAUAACUCAAGGCAACUGUCAAUCAGCUCAAAUUUCUAGACGGCACUCUACAGGUCACAAUUGACAUUAAAUUAAAUACAUGCAUAUACUUGUGUUAUAAUUUUUUGAACACUCAUUUUGAAUGCUGUCAUCCUUUUUUGAGUGUAAUGAAUGACCAUAGGUCUUAGAGUCAAGUCCCCUGGAGUCAGAUCAUUCAUCCCAAACAUUUUGGAAUUUUUCUUUUUAACUAGAGUAAGAUUUUUUUUUUUUUUUUUUCCAAUUCCCAGACUGACCAAAGAAGGAAACCAUUGGUUACGUUCAAAUUCUGAGGUAUGAGUGUGAUGGCGUAUGCCAGCCUGCAGGGGCACCCGCCAGGUUUUUUUCUUGGUCUGACUGAUGAAAGGCUGCGCCGAAAGUACAAUACCAGGAAAAGAAAAAAAAGAUCCAUUACAUCUGUUCAAUGGCGUUUAAUUACUCCAAAAGUGUGUCAGGCACCCUGAAAAGCUGCAGGCCAUGCAAAUAUCCAGCACUUCUGAAAACAUACUAAAAACGGGGGCAGACGACAAGGCAGUGCAGCAGCCCUCCACGUUUGAUUUUUCUAUCUAGAUCAUGAUGAAGUAAAAGCACUGUUUCCUAUUAAAAAUUCUGAUUGCACUCUUUUUUUUUUUUUUUUUUUUUUUUUUUACUUAAGACUUUUUGUUGUUCUUGUUAUUGUUGGUUGCCAAACUCUGUUGUUCUUGAUUCUUCUUCUAUCGCUGCACCUUUACUACUUGUUGUUGUCAGUCUGAGUUUUGUUUUGUAGUGCGGCGUUAAUGUACGCAUCACUUUGUGCUCUCCCUUUGCCACAGCUUGUUCGUCUGAUGCAAUAGGAAUGGCAGAAAUAAAAUAUGGCAUUUUAUCCGA